UUAGUAAGUGUGAAAGUCUGCAACUCCCUUCCAGUUAGAACUAAAGAAGCCUCUUGGAUGAGAAGUGAAACAUCUUUAAGAAACUGAUACAACACCUAUAAAUACCUUAACCUGCAUUACCAGAACCUUCAUCAGAACAGAACAUUUUUACUCAAGGUAAUUAUCAAAGUGAGAAAAGCACAGGUGUUGCUAACAGCAUUAACAAUUGCUUUGUUCUGUGAAAGCGUCCCUAAAUUAUUACAGCACAUCUGUAUCAUAAUGUUCGAUAAUUUGAUUUUGUUGUAUAAAGACAAAUGAAUUAACAUGAACCUUGAAUAACGACCCUGAAAAUGAAGCUGCUAAAUGAGAUUCAGCCUUUAUUGAUUUCAAUAUUGACACUUGACCGUUUCCUACUGUGACAAAAUAUCUUCCAUGACAGAGUGUGUAUGUGUGCUGAUGUUUUGUGAACUGUAAAGUGUUCCUAGACAUUUUUUAAUAGAUGUAGUAUGUUUUAAAGACCAAAAGGCUAAUGAGACGCAAGUAUCCGUGUUAUCUUUAUAAUGAAGACAACACAUCUGAUUUCCAUCAUAUUACAUACAGAGAUGUAGUGAUUGGACACUUUGUCAAAGCUACAGAAAGAAAUUAAGUCUGGGAUGAUAAAACUGCACAUGUUCAAGUGAGAUGGCUCACCACAGCUUUAUGUAACUCCCUGUAAUAUAUCUAUAAAUUCCUUCCUUAAAAGGAAUCAGGCUAUUGUGAUGAAACAUCUCCAGAUCUGUCUUCUUUUAGAACAGGAUUAGGAAUAAUGGUUCAUUUCCAUACUGUGAAGGAAAAGGUUUUGCAUAUUUUGGGGACUUAAUAAAAGUUAUACCUAUAUACAUACACCAGGGGGCGAUAUAAGAUAGCAAAUGUUGUGAGUGAGUUAAACAGUAAAGAAAUGUUAAUUUUCUCUUUCUAUUUCCUUAUUGGAAUAAAAUCCAUUCAUGUGGGACUUUUGGUAUGAAUGGUUAAACUGCUGCGUGUGGUGAAAACACACUCACCUGUACCUGUGUGUUGAUUUAAUGAAAUGCCAUUCAGUAAUUAUGUGUGGUCUCUGUGUUUGCGUGUGUGUGUGUGUGUGUUUGCGUGUGUGUGUGUGUGUGUGUGUGUGUGUGUGAAUACCUUGUCUAGGACUUUGUUAUAAAUUAAAAAUAUCAAAUGUUGUCGCGUAAAUGCACUGAGCGAGGUGAGCUGUAGGUGUCUCUGGAGGAGGAGGGAGGAGGGUGAGACCGUGAAGGCAUCAUCAGUGGAGGCUCGGAGCAGGAGAGGCGACUUGUGUUGGACAGCCCACUCCUGCAUGUAGGCACAGAGGUCGCAGGGAAGAAAAACCCCACCGCUUCAUGUUGUUCUCCCAACAGCCUCCAAUGUAGCUUCAGUCGACUCUGUCAGGAAAAAUAAAAGCCGCAUGAUUGAACGAAAGGAGAUUAUGACUGAAAACACCUGGGUGCGGCACACUUUGGAGGAGAAGGUUUCGCUCUACGCAUUUUUGCCUUUUGUAUUUCCUUGCUGAAUGUCGUGGACAUUUUGGAUUUUUCUUUCUUUUUUUUUAAUGCCCUGUGUCAUCAAGUCUUACCAAUUAAGGAGGUUUUUUUCUAAUUAAUCGCGUAUGUUCGCCUUCAGUGGGUUUUUUUUUUGUUUUGUUUGAGUGACAGUUGGACGGUACGUACUUAAAAGUCUACAAACAACUAGGGACGACAGCAGUAGACAACUUGAGGACGGCUCUGCGAGCAGAAUGUGCGUACUGGGCCAGCUCCGAGUCGCUCUUUAAGUGGGCAGCGUUAGCUAGCUGCUAGCACUAGCAACACACAUACACAAAAACCCCUCUAAAACGAGGCUGUGAAGCUAGCUCAUGCCCACUUCUCGAUAUAUCUUCUGGAUAUCAUCACCCUGCUUGUAACCUGGGCGCCAACACACGAGACGGAGACUCGACGGGGGAUUUAGAUAAGCAAAUUGUUGCUGUUCGAUCUAUCACCUGCCAUCCACUGGCAUCCAGGCGCUUGAGUCCUAAAUGACAAGUGCCUGAGGAUGUCCAAGCGGAGCUUGUUUGUUCGUCUGGUGCCGUGCCGCUGCUUGCGGGGUGAGGAGGAGGCGGUAACAUCGCUGGACUACUCCCACUGCAGCCUGGAGACUGUUCCUAAGGAGAUCUUUAGCUUUGAGAAGACCCUGCAGGAACUCUACCUCGAUGCCAACCAGAUCGAGGAGCUGCCUAAACAACUUUUUAACUGCCAGUUACUCCAUCGACUGAGCAUGCCAGAUAAUGACCUCACAGUCUUGCCGGCGGCGAUCGCAAACCUUGUCAAUCUCAGGGAGCUUGACGUCAGCAAAAACAGUAUCCAGGAGUUUCCAGAGAACAUCAAAUACUGCAAAGUCCUAGCUAGUGUAGAAGCCAGUGUGAAUCCUAUAUCAAAGCUCCCUGAAGGUUUCACCCAGCUUCUGAGUCUGACGCAGCUCUACCUGAAUGAUGCCUUCCUCGAGUUCUUACCAGCCAGCUUUGGCAGGUUGACUAAACUACAGAUCUUGGAGCUAAGAGAGAACCAGUUAAAGAUGUUGCCAAAGAGCAUGCUGAAGCUCACACAGCUGGAAAGGUUGGACCUGGGGAGUAAUGAGUUCACUGAAGUGCCUGAGGUGUUGGAGCAGCUGACUGGAAUCAAGGAGCUGUGGAUGGACGGGAACAGACUGACGUUUUUACCUGGGAUGCUGGGGAUGCUGAAACAGCUGGUGUACCUGGAUGUGUCCAAGAACAACCUGGAGAUGGUAGAUGAGCAGAUCUGUGGCUGUGAGAGUCUGCAGGACCUCCUGCUCUCAAACAAUGCCCUCACACAGCUGCCAGGCUCCAUCGGCUCACUGAAGAAACUGACCGCACUGAAAGUGGACGAGAACCAGCUGAUGUACUUGCCAGAUUCCGUCGGAGGGCUGACAAAUCUGGACGAGCUGGACUGCAGUUUCAAUGAGAUCGAAGCUUUGCCCUCCACCGUCGGCCAGUGUGUCAGCAUCCGUACCUUCGCUGCAGAUCACAACUUCCUUAUGCAGCUUCCCCCUGAGAUGGGCAACUGGAAAAACGCAACUGUGCUGUUCCUACAUUCCAACAAGCUGGAGUCUUUGCCUGAGGAGAUGGGUGACAUGCAGAAGCUCAAGGUCAUCAACCUCAGCAACAACAAGUUAAAAAAUCUUCCCUACAGUUUCACUAAACUGAACCAGAUGACUGCAAUGUGGCUGUCAGAAAAUCAGUCAAAGCCCCUGAUCCCGCUCCAGAAAGAGGAGGAUCCAGAGACGCACAAAACCGUGCUGACUAACUACAUGUUCCCCCAGCAAACCAGGAUUGAGGACUACAUCCCCAACUCUGACUCCGAGAGCUUCAAUCCGGCUCUAUGGGAGGAACAACGCAAGCACCGAGCUCAGGUGGCCUUUGAGUGUGACGAGGACAAAGAUGAGAGAGAAACACCCCCGAGGGAGGGAAACUUGAAGCGCUACCCAACACCAUACCCAGACGAGCUGAAGAACAUGGUGAAGACGGCCCAGUCUGUGGCUCACAGGCUGAAGGAGGAUGAGUCAAGCGACGAGUCGGGCAAAGAUGCAAAACCGAUCGAGAGGAACCACAUCGGCGUGCAAGACGUAGGAGUAAAGGUGAUAGAGGCCCCCUGUCCUAAUGGCGUGGCCUCGGAUGUGGAUCCUCAAGUACCUACAGAUGCCCAAAACCCUCCUGCAUCAGAAUCAAAAGACACUUCAGAAUCUUACAGCUCUCAGAGGGUCCCACUCAAAUCUUCAGGGGGCUCCAUGAUGAACCAUGAGGACACACUGGAGGAUUCUGAGGAGCUGUCUGAUGAUGAAGAAGAGAUGAAAAUUGCAGAGAUGCGACCCCCUCUUAUUGAGAUCUCCAUCAACCAGCCUAAAGUAGUGACUUUAAAUGACGCAGACUCUUUGCUGGAUGAGACUGUGGCGAACAGCAACCAGAACAACAGUAACUGUUCGUCGCCAUCACGCAUGUCUGACUCAGUGUCUCUGACCACUGACAGCAGUCAGGACAACUCUCUGUGCACUCCAGAGAGAGAGGCGAAGAUGUCCUUCCUACCAAAAAGCCGGCAAGAAGACGAAAAUAUGAACCAGCCAAAAGACACCACCCCUCUCCUCCAUAAUGGCAAUGGCUCUGAAACGUCUCUUCAGGCCCUUUUGAAAACCCAGCAGACUCCUCCGGAGAAAAUGGGUGACUACGACCUGUCAAUGGAGGCCCGACUCGCCUUCAUUGAGAAGGGAAUUAACAACGGCAUGGGAGAAACCUACACCAAGUGGGACCAGAUCAAUAUGAACGUCUCCAAGUUGCCAACGGACAACAUGGUUCAGCUGGACGAGGUGGACAAAACCAAGAAUGGCUCAGUACACCGGGAGGACUUGGACAGCAAGCAGCAGGGUUUUGGCAACGACAACAUGGAGCAUUUCCUGAAUGGAAACCAGCAGGUCAGUGACUGCAUCAAUAGUCUAAGCCACAAAAGCCAAGCGAUGAGAGUAGAGACAUCUGCUGUGCAUGUGGCCUCGACAGGCGUGACAGCCAGCAGUGACAUGUCUCUGUCUCGUAGCACAGAGGAACUGUCUCCAGAGAAAAGGUGCCAUCCCCCGCAGGUGACAAAGUCUCACAGUAUCAGCAACAUAGAAGCGGGGGGUAUGAAGCUGUAUGCUUUUGAGGGGGAUGCUGACUCCUAUGAAACAGCAGGAAUGACAAGGAUGGCAGGAGUCGGCGCAGGGCCAGGGGCUCAGGGCCAGAGCAUAGUCAGGAGCAAGUCAGCCAGUCAGUUACUCAACGACCAGACUCUGCAGGUUUACCCCGGCUCCUCUGCAUCUUCCUCAGACCUGCUUUCCUCCUCUAAGCCUCCUGCUAGCACCAGCAGAUAUCCAGUCUCCUCCAGCAUGGCCAUGGGCAUCUCUCCUCCUCAGUACAACAUACAGUACACAAGCAGUGCCGUGCCUAAAGACGGCCUCUGGACCCAGAGGACGCCCAUGCCCCCAGAGCACCAAGGCUACCUCCCUCCACCCCCACACUCAUUAGCCAACACCAACUUCUCAAACCGUAAUCAGGCGCCUCCCUACCCUCUACAGCCCCAGCAGAGAGGGCCUCCUAUGGGUCCCAAACCCCCUGCGGACAUGUGGGCUAUGGAGAGACUUCAUUCUACUGGAGGCCAGGGUAGAAGCAGCACUCUGCAGAGGCAAAGCAGCACUGCCUCUACAGCCUCUAUGGGUGACCCAAGGCGCAUGCAGGUUCCCGAUGGGGAAUACAUGACGUACAGAGACAUUCACACCCUCGCCAGGGGGCCACUGGCCAUGAGCUCAGCCAUGCAGAGGCCCCUCUCCGCUCGCACUUACAGCAUCGACGUACCCGGGGCUUCCAGGCCGCUGAGCGGAAGGCCGCAGCCCCACGAGCUUCCAGAGAGGACCAUGUCUGUCAGCGAUUUCAACUACCAGCACGGCAGCCCCAGCAGGAGGCCCAACACCAGGGUGAAGUCCGAGCACUCGCUGCUGGACGGACCUGGACAGGUGUCAGGAGGGGCAGGAAGGGUGCCGACUGACUGGAGGGACCAGGUGAUGCGGCACAUUGAGGCCAAGAAAAUGGAAAAGAAUGCGCUGUCUCGCUCCUAUAAUUCCAAUAACUCUCUGCUGAGCCGGUCUCACUACGGCAGCUGUAGGGAUAUGCAUGCCAGCCAAGGGUCCCUGGUCUUUAGUGCCAGGGACGGACAGCCCUACGGAGCUCUGGGCUUCUGUGAUGAUGUGUUCAGUCCUCAAGGGCAGCAAAGCUACACCUUGGACCCUCACAGAAAAGUGCCUUUGAUGAACGGUCAGAUGGUCCCUUCUGGUCGUCCUCAGAUGAGCCAGGCGCCGAUGGCCCGCCACCCCUCCAGAGAGCAGCUCAUUGAUUACCUGAUGCUCAAAGUCUCUCAUCAGCAGCCGGGGCCCCCACGUAUGCCGCAAGACGCACUGCAAGAGAUCCGUGUGAAAGUGGAGAAGAAUCCAGAGCUGGGUUUCAGUAUAUCAGGAGGAGUGGGAGGCCGAGGAAAUCCCUUUCGUCCAGAUGACAAUGGUAUAUUUGUGACGAGGGUUCAACCGGAGGGGCCAGCAUCCAAGGUUCUUCAGCCUGGAGAUAAAAUCAUCCAAGCGAAUGGAUACAGCUUUGUGAAUAUCGAUCAUGGGAAUGCAGUGUCCCUCCUGAAGACGUUUCCAAGCACUGUGGAUAUGACUAUCAUAAGAGACGUGCAAGCAUAGACUCAACUGACCUCUAACGUGGAAGACACGAGAAGAGAGACGGACAGAGACAUUUAUGUUGACUCUCAUAUUUUUAUACACAGAAGGACACUGAUCUGUUGAUACCUGUUGGGACUAUUUAUAGUAGAGAUCUUCAUAGCCUUGACUAAACGGGGGGAAACCACUGAAUGUAGUGGAUCGAAGUGAGACGGCGGCGAAAACCUCUGCAAGUACGAGUCCUCAAAAGGCCAUCACUGUGGUAUAUAUAUUUUUUUACAAAAGAAGCUGAAGAUACGACCUGCUCUGAAGCAAAUAAUUACUGUGGUCUCUGUACAGAUCAUCUUUUUUCCCUUUUUCUUUUUGCUUUUAGUCCAAAUCUCAUAAAUCCUUUAUCAUACAUUAGGUUUUGUUUCUGCGGAUUGGCAUGAAUUGACCACUCGGGGGGCCGGGCUCCCUCUCUUCUGUCGUCCAGUUUGCCUUUUUGUUUUUGUUUUUAAUUUUAAGAUGUUGAAACCAUUUUCUGGUCUGCAGUAUGAUCUUAAUGGAGGACAAUGUUACGUGCUUUUCAUGUGGAGACGAAUGUAGAUCAAGGAGGUGUUUGAUUUUGUUUUUUUGCAGAGAGAUUUUUUGGUUUGUUUUUUUCAGUUUCUCUUUGUGUAAAAAGUUGGUAGAGGAGGGAAUCAUCCACCCCCUGCUUCCAUUGAACCUGUGAACACCCUCCAGCAUAUGGACAUGAUUCUGUCCUCACUUCCUCCAGCAUAUCUCCUCACAGCAACUGCUCAGCAUAUCACCUCUCCAGACCACUACUACCUGAGCUGUGUGGGAAAGCAUCCAUCGCAAUAUAAGUGAAUCCAUCAUGGCUUCUGAGACGAAGAAAUGCCGUCUGCAUGUGAUCAUUUAAUGAGUCUGGGAAAUGGAAAGGAAACUCAAAUAUUGGGGUAAUGGGAGAGGGGGAGGUGCAGUAUGUGUUUGUUCAGCCUUUUAAAUCUGUUCAGUUUGUCAGACGUUUUUUCCAGGGCAAAAGUUUGACAUUUUGGGAAAUGUACUCGUUCGCUUGAUGUGCAACAAAUAAGGUUAAGCUGCUAGCUUAAUGUAGACUGGUAACAGAGGGAAACUGCUAGCAUGGCUAAAACAGCAUGGCUAGCAUGGCUAAAACAAACUUUUCAUUACAUCAAUGGGCCGAUGCGAGUCAAUUUUUCACCUAUUCAGUCUAAUGAGGAUUGUUCUUCUGGUGCAUAACCCAGCAAAUGUUUUACAGCUUCCAGGGUUUACUUCCUGGUUGUGCUGCCCACGGAAUAAGUGCAGUAGAGUUUACUAGCAAAUAUAAAACCUCCAUCAAUCAAAAAUCCAUUGCAGGGUCACAGUUGACCUUGUUUUGCAGUUCAAGCCGCCAAGUCAACAGUUUCGCACACGUCUCCUUUAUUAUGGUGCUGUACGGGGAAUGUUUGGCUGCAGUACCGUGAGUUUGCACCAUCGUACGCUGGUCUGUAAGACAGUUAUGUGGGUGUGAUUUUUUUCCAAUAUGCCCAUUUCCCAAAAUGUCAAACGAUUAUCUUUUAAGUAGCAAAAUAUAUGGCGGUUAUGCUAGUUAACCAAAGCAAGUUUGGAAAUUGUGGACAGAAGGCAAACGCAGGAGACAACUUCAGAAAGAGAUUUGAAUAAGAACAUGUCAACAUUUCACUUGUUUGUUUUUAUUAUUUUUUUUAAGGGCUUCAUCUUUCAGGUGGCCAUCGGUGACAUGAGUGUGUUUGUAUUGUCUGGGUUUCAACAUCUGUCCUUUUGUUUUUUGUUUUGUUUUUUUCAUACAUGGGAGAAGACCACAGUUUGCCUUUUUUGUUGUGUCUACACAGAUGUUUUAUCAUGCUUUUACUCAUCACUUUGGAGCCGCUCCUCCAUCUGUUUUUCUUUUUUGUUUUCUUCGCUGUACAGAGUCGAGUUGGGAGAAAGCAAGUUGUCAAGUGCCAUAGACCUUGAACUGUUUGAAUAGGGGAGGACCUUUGACCCCAGAGCCCAAGCAAUAUUCCCAUAUUCACAACCUUCUGAGUACAUUUGCAGCAUAAUGGCUUGAAAGCAAUACGUAAAGCCUUUAUUUUCGUUCAGAAAAAAACAUCAGAAAGCAUUUUUAAAAAAAACACAACCUUUUAGUAAUCCCUGAUGAUUUUACAUGAUUUUUUAUAUUGUGAAAAGAAUCUUUUUUUUUUUUUUUUUGUAAUGAAAUAGCACAGGACAUAUAUACAGUAGUGCUUAAAAAAAAAAAAAGAAAGAAAGAUUUCUCUGCAUUGUGUAAAAGUGAAUGUUUGUGUCACUUUGCCCGAGGCUUUUUACUGUUUGUUUGCUUAGACUACCAUAACACCUGAUGUUCAUCUGUGCAAAAUAAUCAACUCACACUGUUGAAGUCACUCAAAGCUGCAUCUCAAACAACAUUCCUGAUGUUUGUUAAAAAAACUGUCAGAAGGAAAAAAGAUGUUUUUUAAAAAUCCACCUCAUGUUCUUCUCUGUUAAUAUUCAUCCACUUGUAAAUAACUCUUCAGUGAGACGUGUUUCCAGAAGACGUGGAAAUGAUGAAAUUCACUUACUAGGUAACGAACCCAUCAAUUUAAAUUCUAAUAGCACACUUGUGACCACUGAAUUGUUUGUACAAUAUAUAAAAAAUGGCGUUCCCUCAACUUGUUUACAGUAGGUUGUGUCCUCUGCUGUACUCCUGUAUGUUUGACCCAUAUUUUGUGCUUGUGGCACUGUUGAACCAAAAUGAAAAACACUGUGGUAAUUACAAUUAAUUGUCCCGCCGAUGAUGAUGAUGAUGAUAAUAAUAGUCACACUGUAUUAGCUGUUCUAAGUGAAGCUGUGCCCUUGAUUUUUAAACUCAAUCUAAAGUUUUAUCCACACGCAAAUGACAGUAUAAUGUGCAUUUUCCCACAUUUCUCACAGAAUGUUUUAGUAUUUUACACAGAUGAAUUAUUGUUUAUAUUUUGUUGGUGAUUUUCCUGUAGACUUUAUAAGAGUAGGGCGGGGGGACAAACAUUUCUGGGGUACUGGUCACUUUAUAUUCAUGGCAAAAAGCAUACAGUCUGACAUUGUAGACAAUCUUGGGAGAUAAAAACAUGUCGUCACAUUUUUCCAUCCACGUCGGUCCGUUUUCUUACGCUCCCGUAUUGUUCUUAUUUAUUUAGCAGUCUUCUGUGGUUUUUAGACCUUACUAAUCAAAUUGUAAAUACUCUAAAAACAAGUGAGAGAAAAAAAAAAAAGAAAUUAAUAAUGGCAUUAGUGACUUGCGAUUGUAAAACCAGCAAUAAAUUGCAAAUGCAGAGGCACCCGUUUUAAUGUAUAGCUAGGAUUUCUAAGGUUUCUCUGGAAACAGCCACAGUGAGAUGAUGAUUGAUAUGCAUUUAUCCAACAUUCCAGAUUUUUGUACAUAAUUACCUGUUUCUGAAGUAACCUGUGGAAAAUAAAACUAAUGCUCUUUAACAUGGA